UUAUGUCAAGUGUCAAAGUGACAAGUGAUGUAAAUAAAUACUUAAUAUUUAUUAUUAAUAUUUUAUUCGGUGUUAUUUGCGUGAGAAUGGACGACUUGAAGCACAAAAUUCUCGGCCUGAUCAAUAAACAAGGGCCUAAAAUCCCAUCGAUGGGGUUCUCCGAUGCUAAUUAUCAUUUCCCCCAAGUGGAGAACUUGUCAAUUAAUAGUAAGACAGUUGCUGAGAUAAAUAGGCCCUCAGAUCAGGAAAUUCUUGAAAGUAUUGAAGCGGCCUAUUUUUCGAUCCGGGAGGAUUUUGACAUUUGCCGGUUUGAAUUGGGGAAAUUGCCCCAAACCCUUGACUGUGACCAAAUUCAACGCGACUUUAAAACCCUCAAACAGCAACAUCAAGUUGUCUCAAAAAAAGUCCUCCAAUUGAUUCUGGAGCACCAAAGUGGCUGUAAUCUUGAAUUUGAUAAAGUUUUAGAAAUUUUAGAACAAGUUAAGGAUACACUUCAAGAGUGCAAAACGAGUCGGAGACACUUGAAAGUGGCCGCGGACCAGUUUAGAGCCUCUCUUGAGUUGCUCGCAAACUACCGUAAACGCAAAAUCGCACAAAAUCUGCUAAAUAAUCUCAAAAUGAUCAAAUAUUUACGGUGUUAUGAUCAACGAUUACAAGGGCUUUUACACGACGAGGACUAUGCGGGGGCUAUCAUUGAACUCAAAAAGUGUCACAAAAUCGCGACAAAGUACCGUCAUUUCAGUUGCGUGGCUGCUCUAACCUACAAAUUGCAAGAAACUUUGGAGAGUACUGAUGGACAACUUGAUCGAGUUUUGGCUCAGACUUGUUAUCAUUUUGAUGGUGAGCGGUACCAGAAAUUACUCCUCGCUUAUCACCUACUUGACAAGUCAGAAAUUUCAAUUAUUGAUAAUUUGCAUGUCCAUUAUAUCACUGCGAUUUACAAUACGUCGCUAAAUGUGGUCCAUUCAUACGUCACUUCGGCUGAAAUACUCGAAAACCCCGAGACGAGCGGGAAAAAUCCCUAUAAAACACUUUGUCAAAAUGUGGGAAGCGACGUUUUUAUUCCAUGUUUGGUGAGUUUGUGUAAAGUCUUGUUCAAAAUUGUGCUAAGUUACCACAAAUUGAUCAAAUGGCAUAAUAAUCAAGACGAUGAAGUUGAGACAAGUUUAAACAAGCAAAAACUUGAUCACAAUUUAACGAAAAUCUGGGAUGAUGUGCAACGUAAAGUCUCAGGGCUUCUCUUAAACGCCGAUUUGGCGUCGUAUAAAUUCGACCAGUUUGUCCAAGUCCUUGGAGUCGUCCAUCGACUUAUCCAAGUUGGCGAAGAAUUCUGUUUGAGUAAAUCGGAUGAUUUGCAAGAAUCAAUUCGCAAACAAAGUGUCAACUAUUUCAAAAAUUAUCACAUCCAACGUUUGGAAGAAUUAAAAAUCUUUUUAGAGAAUGAAAUGUGGGAAAUAUGUCCGGUGAAACCCACUUUCACCCUGCUCCAAUUGCAAGAAUUCAAGUCUUUAAGAGGGGUUCUUAAGAAUUUUAAGUUGCGGAUGCCGUCCACAGGUGGCGCUUAUUCGACGAAUUCCACUGAGUGUUGUUCGUCGAAUCACUCGCAAGAUGGGAGUAGUAUUGUUGGGAAUUAUUUCGUGAGAUAUGCAGAAAGUGGGACUCCGUUUGAUUCGGGGCUUGAUGAGACUAUUAUCGAAGAGGAUAUUCUUGUGGGGGAGAAUGAUGGGUCUGGGUAUUUUUCUGAAGAGAGUGAUGAUGAACCAGAAGAGUUGAGAAGGGAUUUUGUUGAUGAGGAAAAUACAAGUCCUAGAAAGAGAGAAAAACAAAUCAAUUGUCUCAUUUUAACUAAUACCACAUUAUCGGUUUUGAGACAGAUGGGAAAGUAUCUACAAAUGUCGAGAUUAUUGAAACCAAUAGCGUUUCAAAUUAUCAAUUGUAUGAAUCAAUUGUUUGAUUUUUAUCUCUAUUCGGUUCAUGCGUUUUUCGCCGCUGAUUUGACCGUCGCUAGCAACUCUCUUUACUCGCCCGAGCUCACCCUGACCUUGAAAAAGAUCGCCGACAAUUUAGUCACCGAAUUAGAGGAGCCGCCCAAUGAAAACACGCCCAAAAUCCUAAAACCCGCCCUCUCACCAAUGGUGGACCUCACUAAACGCGAACACUUACACGGAUUGGCUGAACGUAUCGUGGGCGUGGAAAGUGUCAUUUUCCUCGCCAAACAAUACGAAUAUUUACAAGAAUUUCUCGAGUACUUAAUCCCGCCCACGAAUAAAAUAAUGUUACAACAAUUUUUCACACAGAAUAUUUCGAGUGCUGUGGACUUGCGAAAGCCUGUUUACAUGUCCGUGGGGGCUCAAGCCUUCGAUUUGCGUCAAAUUUUAAUCUCCAUGUCGAAAAUUAAUUGGGAAGUGAAAGAAGUCAUGUCACAACACAACGCCUACAUUGAUUUAAUCCUCCGAGAGGUACAGAUUUUUACAUUGCGAUUAGAGGAAGUCGCUCACAAAGUCCCAGUUUCCAUUGACGUUUCCACGUCUUUAUGGGAGAGUAUCGCCCAUAUAAUCACCCAUACUCUAGUUCAAGGGUUUAGCGAAGCGAAAAAAUGUUCAAAUGGGGGACGGGCUCUAAUGCAACUCGAUUUUAUUCAAUUUUUGACAAAAUUUGAAAAAAUUGCGGGGUUAAGGCCGGUCCCACAUCGCGAAUAUGUGGAAAAUUACAUAAAAGCGUAUUAUUUGCCCGAAUCUGAGCUGGAAAAGUGGAUUAAGGAACAUGGAGAAUAUUCAGCCAAACAUUUGUUUGGGUUGGUAUCUUGUGCGUGUCAGAGUAAUAAGAAGACGAGGCAUAGGCUUCUACAAGUGAUUGAUGGGGGGGACAGGGGGGAUAGGUAGUCUUUGGUUGAUUGUGAUACUUGAUAGGGCACAAAGUGACAUAAUACAGUUUUAUUUAUAUUUUUUUCAUUUACAGUUUCCUGUAAUCCAAAUUCAUUUAAAAACAUGAAUGUUUUUUUAUUGAAAUUCCAAGUUGUUAUUAAUACAUAAAAAUAAAGUAUAAAGUAAA